GCGGCGGCCGGCCGGGCGGCGGCGCGUGACGAUCCGACGCUCAGCACGGUAUCAAAGGCCUCGCUAUGGUCGACUACUACCGCAUCCUGGAGGUGCCCCGGAACGCUUCGGCAGAGCACAUAAAAAGGCAUACCGCAAGUUGGCGCUGCAGUGGCACCCCGACAAGAACCUGAACAACAAAGAGGCCGCCACUAUCCGGUUCAAGGAGAUCUCAGAGGCGUACGAGGUGCUGUCGGACGAGAAAAAGCGGAAGGUCUACGACCGCUUCGGCAAGGAGGGCCUGAAGAACGGCGCCACGUCCAGCCACCACCAUGCACCGCAUGGCUUCCCCGAGCCCGACCUGGGCUUCAUGUUCGGCGGCUUCAGCUUCCGCGACCCUGAGGACGUGUUCCGCGAGUUCUUCGGCGGCGACCCGUUCGCCGACUUCUUUGAUGACUUCUUCUCGUCAGGCACGAUGGAGCCGCUGGGCGGCGUGGGGCCGCACCGGAGCCGCCACAGCCGCAGCCGCAGCCGGCACCAUCCGGCGGCGCCGGCGCCCGCCCACCAGCUGCUGGCGUCGCCGCUCUUCUUCUCGCCGCUCGGCUUCACAGGCCUGGGCAGCAUGAUGUCCUCCUUCGCCGCCAUCGACGCCGUGAUGGACGGUCGCGGCGGCCACGCCGGCCUGGCGCACGGCGCGCUGGCGCACCACGGCCUGGCGCACCACGGUGGCCUGGCGCAGCACGGCUUCGUGUCGUCGACGAGCUUCAGCAGUCUGGGCUCGCCCGGCGCCGGAGUCAAACGCACGUCCACCAGCACCAAGUUCGUCAACGGCAAGAAGAUCACCACGCGGCGGGUAUACGAGAACGGACGGGAGACGGUGGACACGUACGAGAACGACGUCCUCAAGCAACACACCAUAAACGGGGUGCCGCAGCAGCUAGCGUACUCACGAUAGGAGCCGGGACCGCGGGCGGCGCCCCAGCCCUCCCCGCGCCCCCGGCCCGCUCGGCCGCGGUAGGAGCCGGGACCGCGGGCUGCGCCCCACCCCCCGCGCCCCCGGCCCACCCGACCAGGACCUCAGUGACGGCGCACGUGGCCAGCCGUAAUGAGGUCACGGUACGCCAUCGAUGGUGCCGGCCCGGUCUCGUCACGUGGCAUGCCCGAGCUUUCAGCGUGUCGUGGAGGGGCGCCAGUAGCGCGCGCCCGUUUGUGUUCGAUAUCGUCGCGCGGCGCCGCGCGGCCGCAGCCGGCGACCAUUCCUGGAGGGUCUGUGUAACACAUAGAACAGUUUACUUUGACCUUGUUCACAAACACUGUGUUCGGAAAUAAUACAUAAUCCUCGAUUCGUCCGCGCCGGGCC